UCGUUCUUGGUCAGCCAUUUUUUGCAGGGUAGGCGCUGGAGCAAAUAAAUUUAAAAAAAUCGAGAAUUGACAGUGAAAAGUCGACUUCCUCAAACUUCCAUUCGACUUUCAAGAGCAAAAAAAAACCAUUUGACUUUCCCAUUCCUAUUGUAAGCAAUUUUAUUUGAUUUGAUACAAGUCGAAUUAAUAAAUUCGCCUUAAUUUGAUACAUUUUUGGGCUGAGUGGCAUUUUAUAACUCAAAAAAAGGAAAUAAUACAUUUUUGUAAAAAUGUUUUUUAUAUCUGAUACCAGCUCAAGUUCUAGCGAUGAAACUAAUAAAAAUGAGCUGAAGGUGCAAAGAAAAGUUAUUAGACAAAAAUCAAAUAUAUUUAAUUUAACCGAUCAUAAAUUCGAAAGCUAUUUUCGACUUAAUAAAACAGCCUUCAAAUAUGUAUUGGGAAAAAUACGACCGAAAAUGAAAGUAGGAAUACGUUCAACGUCGGUUUCCAAUACAAUAAAAUUGGCAGCAACAUUGGGAUUUCUAGCGCAGGGUUCUUACCAAUUAAAUGUUGGGAACAACUUCAACCUUGGUCUCUCUCAGCCAACAGUCUGCUCCAUUCUGUCUGAAACACUUACUGUCUUGGAAGACAUCGUUUGUCCACUAUGGAUAAAAUUUAAUAUGACAAAUGAUGAACAAGUAAUAAUUAAAAGGGAAUUUCUUGAAAAGACGGGAUUUCCUGGUGUCAUUGGAUGCGUGGCAGGUACCCACAUAAAAAUUUUGGCGCCGAAAAAACAAGACCAGCCUCUUUAUUGUAAUAGGAAAGGCUUUUUCAGUUUAAAUGCCAUGGUUAUUUGCGAUCAUAAAAUGCGUAUACGGUAUCUUGAUGCUCGACAUGCAGGUUCAGCAAGUGACUCACUAAUUUGGAAUGUAAGUGACGCGAGAAGUAUGUUGCGCGAUAGAUGCGAAGCUGGUGAGCGGAAUUGUUGGCUUUUAGGUGAUGCAGGUUAUCCCCUAGAACCAUAUCUCAUGGCGCCAUAUCGCUCAGCUGCAGAAGGAAGUUUAGAAGCUGUUUUCAAUAAGAAACACGCAAGGGCCAGAAAUAUAGUAGGUCAAACUAUUGGAGUACUAAAGAAUCGAUUUCGUUGUUUGCUUGGUAAUCGACCACUUCAUUACAAGCCAGCUAAAGCAACAAAAAUUGCUAAUGUUUGUGCAGCACUUCAUAACAUUUGUAUUGAGUUUGGUUCAGAUAUUGCAAUGGAAGAAAUAAGCGAUGGAGAACAUGUCCAAAUAAAUUUUGAUAGUAAUGAAGAUGCAGAAAACACGCAAAACACAGAAGCUUUACAAAUAAGAGAACAAAUUAAAUGCAAUUUUGUUGAAUAAAGAUCAGUCUUUUCAAUUUGAAUUAAAUAAGAAUCAGUCUUAUUUUUUUUAAUCUGACAAAUACUAAACAAAAAAAAAGACGUGAAAACAAUCUUUGACCAACAAUGUUUGUACUUCCCAAAAGAAUCUUCGGGAUUAACGCCGAUUUCUAAUUUCUAUAGGCUAGUCGCAAGUUCCGUCGGAAGUGAAUUGCAAACUUGCCUGAACAAAAUUUAAAUUCAAUUACAUAAACCUUUAUUUCCAAGAAGAAAACAAUUGUCAUUUGAAAUCGACCGAUUCUCCCUAGCUAAUACAAAUUUUGUGUCGAAAACAGCCGGUUUUUAUCGGAAACAGCAAUGCCAAUACUGAUUUUUAAGGCCCCUAUUAUGAUUCACAACUUUAAAGAUAGUUUAGUUGUAAGCUGUAAAUUGGUAUUGUGAGACACAACUCAACUCAACUUUGAAACCAUAGUUGUGUGUUAGUUGUCUAGCACUAGCAUCCUCAGGCUAAUCGGUAAAACACAAUUCGUAACUGAUUUACACUUUUUUGCUUUUAAUUAUUUGAAUAUCGUUAAAAUAACAUAAUCGGCCCUAUGCUGAAUAUCGUCAUCGUCAUCGUCGACGAUAGUCAACGCAUCAGUAACAUGGCUGACGAUGGCUGUAUCGUCACUUUUACUGACGGUGAUGAUAUUCAACAUAGGGCGGAAUAUUAUGAAAAUAACAAAAUUUCUAUCGAAUUUCCGACUUCUUCCAAUGGCUACAGUCAAAACAGAACACAGUUGUAAACGACAAUAGCAAUAAAUAGUUCAGUUGUAUACGAGUUGAGUUGUAAACCAUAAUAGG